AUGUGCGACGAGACGCCGCAGCACGACUUUCAGCGAUUGCCCUCGCAAUUCCGACGAAUGCCGUCGAAUUCGACGCUGGCCGCUCAGCAUCAGCAGGCAAUGGCGAUGUUCGAUCCGAAUGUUCGAACGUCGCGCGAAGCGCCGCCGAAGCCGGAUCCGUCGGGUGUCGAGUAUCCGAGAGCCGCUAGUUGGGCGGCGGGAAGUUGUGCGAAUGUGCUCAAUGACGAAAAAGGUCGUCAGCUUUUCCGUUGCUUCUUGUUCCAAUCUCUGGCCGAAGAGAAUCUCUCGUUCAUCGAAGCCGUCGACAAACUCAAAAAGAUGAAGAGCAGCGACGAGAAGAAGGAGUUUGCCAAACAUAUUCUCGACACUUACGCUUCGUCGAUCAAUUUGUCGUCAAAUGCGAUGAAGCGAAUGAAGGAUACGAUCGAGUCGGACAGUCCCGAUCUUGAAGAAUUCGCGCCGGCUGUCAAGGAGGUCAAACGAUUGUUGGAGAACGAUCAGUUCCCGCGAUUCCGUCGCUCGGAUAUCUAUCUCGAGUUUCUCGAGGAGCUUCUUCCACGCUCAUACGCCGAGAAGUGGGCGACGAGCUUCGAGGCGCUGCUCGGCAACCACGUCGGCCGCCAUCACUUCCGUUUGUUUCUGCGCGAAAUUCACGCCGAGGAAAACCUCCGAUUCUGGGAAGCCGUCGUCGAGUUUCGUUCGUCGAAAAACAAAAGCAGCGCCAUGGUGAAUUUGGGCAACGUUAUACUCAAAACGUAUCUACAAGAGGGAACAUUGAAUGAGGUGUUCCUUCCAUUCGGCGUUCGCCAACUCAUUGAGCGUCGCAUCAACGAUCGUGAGGUCGACAUCACCUUGUUCGACGAGGCGAUCAAACACGUCGAGCAGGUUCUUCGCAACGAUCCCUACGUCCUUGCAGUAUACUUGGCUAGUGCCACGGUGGCUACUGGAUGCGCUGUUGUCGGUUGUACGAUAGGCCAAAGAACAAUGGAAAGGACGCGGGUGCUUUCUCGACAGCCGCCAACCGAACAAAACGAGGCUUCAGCGAUGCGCACAAGGCGCGGAUCGGUUCAGAAGCGCAUCGAGAAAAGCCAUCGAAGAGGAGCGGCAAGUGUGAAGAGCAGAAAAAGUGCAAAAGCAUCGAAAAUGAGUGUAAAAAGUCGCAAGACUGGAAAAAGCUCGUCGCUCAAAGUGAAAACAAAAAAUCGAAGCAAGGAAGAUGAAGCGUCAGGAAAAGUUCAAAAGUAA